UUUCCAUGCUGACAAUUAAGAAUGUGACGGAAAAUGAUGGCGGUAGCUACACUUGUUUCGUACAAGAAUUUUCCGGUGAUGGUGAAGCAGCAGACACGUGUGAUAUUAAGUUUUGGGAUCCGAACCACUUUUUUGUCGACGUAAGGAUGGUUGAAGGUGACGAUUAUCGAUCGAUUGUAGGAAAAGAGGGAAAGACUUCCAGAUGGAAUAUUAAGAUUGACGCAUAUCCCGAAUACUCGCUGCACUGGUACAAGAAUAUCGGUGAAAAAACCACGGAAAUCGAUUUCAAGAAUAGCAGCAAAUACUCGGUCAGCGACACCUUCCGGAUCGACGGAAGGCUAAACCACCUUUUCGAAAUACAUAAAUCGGACGUGUACGAUAACGGCGAAUAUGUCAUUCGCGUGAGAACGAAACAUGACACGAGUGAAAUAAAUCUUCACUUGACAAUUGAUGCCCCGCCGGUUCCCAAAAUUAUUACAUCCUUGACAUACGUUGCACCGGGCCAGUCGACAAAUUUUCUCUGCAUGACGGUCAGUUAUCCGUUGGCAAACGUGACGUGGAGUUAUAUGGAAUUGCCUAACUAUCCAUUACUGAAUGGAAAUAGGUCCGCAUCUCUUUUGGAUUUUGGGGAAUUUGCAAACCACGAUGCGGUGACUUCGGUGUCGCAUUUGAACAUAAAGGUUAACGACACAGGAUAUCUGACAUGCAGAAGCUGCAACUAUAUUAGCUGUGCUGAAGAUACCAAAUUAAUCUCUGUUUCUGACGUCAACGCGUCGUUCGCUAUAAUGCCUCUUGAAUCUGUCGCGGAAGGUGAUAGCAUCAAUAUCACGUGUGGUAUUUCAAGUUAUCUUAAUUUUAGUAGCGAUGAGAUUCUUAAAUGGAACGUUAAUCGUUCGGAUCUUGAAACAGGAAGAAUGAGAGUUUUGAAAAAGAAAACAAAAUUUACGCAUCUUUCAAUACUUCAAAUAAGCAGAGUGACUCGAUUGGACGAUGGGAUUUACAUUUGUGAUGUUCUCGACAAGAGUAAGGGCUUCAAACCCCAGGCGUAUAACUUGUCUGUGGCGGCUGGGCGUAAACCAAAAAUAUACGAAUGGAAUAUGAACACUUCUCAGUUAGUGAUUGACACUGGCAAAAAACGAAAAGACGACGUAAUUCUCAUAUGCUUAGCUGACGGAAUGCCAAAACCAGAAAUCACCUGGUUGAAGGAUAACAAGUCACUGCCGAAACACAAUGGGUACAAAAUUUCGCGAGACAAAUCUGAGCUCCAGAUGCGAUACCUUCUCGAGCAAGAUAGUGGACGAUACACGUGUCGAGUUGUGAAUCGUUUUGGCAGCGAUGAAAGAUCCGUGGAUAUUGUAGUGAAUGAAGUAUUUUCAGGACGAAGUCACAUAAUUCAUCUUGGGUUGAUCUGCGGGCUUACCAUAAUUAUUGUCAUAAUCAUUGCUUGCAUGGGACUUAAAGCGAACCGUAAGAGACUUUGGAGUAAGAAGCUGCUCAAGGCAGGAUCAGUUUAUUUUGUGAAAGAGACGGUCGAAUGCCGAGACCCCAAGUUGAACAUCGAUGAUCAAGCCAAGUUAUUAUCUGAAGAUAAGAAAUAAGAAUUCCUCGAGAAAACUUGAAACUUGGUACGUACAUUCGACUGUCUCAACUGAAGUGGCAUACCUAUGGAAUAUAUGUAUUUCUAUGAUAUUUCAUUAUAGUUUAACAGGCAAGCAAGUGGGAAAUAUAUAAUAUGCUUUUCAUUAACCAAAAUAUAGAAUAACAAGUCACUGUCAAAAAACCAUAAGUGCGAUAUUUUGCAAUACAAAUCUAAACUCCGUAUACGAUACUUUGUCGAGCAAAAUGGUGGACAUCACACGUGUCAAGCGGUGAUUUGUGUUGAAUAUUGAUGGAUAUUUUAGUCAGGCCCGUAUUUACGCCCAGAUCAACAAGGCCCUGGCCUAGGGGUGGCGGCGAUGCGGGGAUCAGCCGUUAUUCCCCCUGAAUUAUUCUUAUUUUUCUUUUCAUGCUUGUUCUAUUUAUGUAUAUGAAUGUAAUGAUUUUUUAAAAAAAGCAUUUAACAGUAGAUUCCGUUAAGUAAUCUAGAAACCAAGCGAAUAUACAAAUUUGUCAUAGAAAUUUUUAAAUAGUUUUCUACAAUAAAGAUUUAAAAGCGAA